AUGAGGUCAUUUGCUAGUGAAAAUAUUAGUCCAGAUGUAGUUGCAUUCCAGUUUGCUGUCCGUGGUAAAAUUGCUAUUAUUUCAGAAGAAAUUGAUAGUGCUAUCAAAAAAGCAAAAGCAGAAGGUAAACCAAAUCCUUAUCCAUUUGAAAAAGUUGUUAAAUGUAAUAGUGGUAAUCCUCAAUUAUUAAAUCAAAAGCCAUUAACUUUUAUUAGAGAAAUUACUUCUAUGGUCGAAUAUCCUGCUCUUACAGAACAUCCAGAACUUUUCCAUGCUGAUGCUGUUGCUCGUGCUAAAGAAAUUAUUAAAGCCACUGGUUGUGAUGGAACAACUGGUGCUUAUUCACCAUCUAAAGGUCUUGCUUAUGUUAGACAAACAAUUGCACAUUUCUUAGAAGAAAGAGAUAACGUUCCAAUGUCCCCAGAAGAUAUUUAUUUAACUGAUGGUGCUUCUAUUGCUAUUAAGAUUGUUAUGCAACUAAUGAUUUCACAUCCACUUCAUGGUAUUAUGAUUCCAAAUCCACAAUAUCCAUUGUAUGGUGCUUGUAUUCAACAGUUAGGUGGAAAAACAUGUCAUUAUAAUUUAAAUGAAGAUAAUUAUUGGUUACCAGACAUUAAUGAUAUUAAGGAACAAUAUGAGAAAUAUCAAAAUCAAGGAAUUAAAAUUAAGGCUUUAGUUGUUAUUAAUCCAGGAAAUCCAUGUGGGGAAGUUUUACCAAUUGAUACUAUAAAAGAAAUUAUUAAAUUCUGUAAUGAAAAGAAGAUUUGUUUAAUGGCUGAUGAAGUAUAUCAAGAAAAUAUUUGGACCGAUAUUCCAUUCAACUCAUUUAGAAAAGUUCUUGCUACAAUGGAACCAGAAAUUGCACAUGGACUUGAAUUAAUUUCUUUCCACUCAAUUUCAAAAGGAUUUUAUGGAGAGUGUGGUAAGAGAGGAGGAAUGUUUGCAUGUACCAAUAUUCCAGAAUUUGCUCGUUUAAUGAUGUAUAAAAUUAUUUCUACUACUCUGUGUUCUAAUGUAGUAGGACAAGUUGUAAUGUCUAUAAUUUGUAAUCUUCCAAAAGAAGGAGAUCCAUCAUAUCCGUUAUUUAAACAAGAAAGAGAUGCAAUUCUUGGUUCUUUAAAACGUAAGGCAGAAUAUUUGUGUGAUAUCUUCAAUAAAUGUGAUGGUAUGUCUUGUAAUAGAGCUGCUGGUGCUAUGUAUCUUUUCCCAAGAAUUACAUUACCAGAAAAAUUCAUACAAGAAUGUCAUGAAAGACAUGAAGAUCCAAAUGAAACUUACUGUAUUGAAAUGUUAAAAAAGACUGGUAUUGCUGUUGUUAAAGGAUCUGGAUUUGGUCAGAGAAAAGGUACUUAUCAUUUUAGAAUUGCUUUGUUACCACCAGAGAAUGAGAUUGAAGAAGUUGGAAAAAGAAUCCAAGUUUUCCAUAAUUCUUUUAUGCAACAAUACAAGUAA